AUGGCUCCAUUCGCGUUCCUGAUAGGGAUACUAUCCCUCUGUAUUUACUGCAUUGAUCUUGGUGCAGCUGCAGAGUCCGGGUAUGCGGUCGUUGAGCAGCUCAGAAAUGUUCCCGACGGCUGGAUAAAGCGCGAUGCAGCGCCGGCGUCUGAAUCGGUCAGAUUUCGGCUGGCUAUGAUCCAGGAAAGAGCCGCUGAAUUCGAGCGAAGGGUCAUUGACAUGUCAACGCCCGGUCACUCGAGCUAUGGACAACAUAUGAAGCGUGACGAUAUCAGGGAAUUCCUGCGUCCUUCCGAGGAGGUCUCAGACAGAGUCCUUUCCUGGCUGAGAUCAGAGAAUGUUCCUGCUGGCUCGAUUGAAAGUCAUGGCAACUGGGUCACUUUCACUGUCCCGGUAUCACAGGCGGAACUCAGAACGCUUGCGUAUUCCGUUCCCGAUGACGUCCACCGUUAUAUUCAGAUGAUCCAACCAACGACCCGCUUUGGACAACCUGUCCGGCAUGAACGGCAACCACUUUUCCAGGGAACUGUUGCUAGCCUGGAAGAGCUGGCGGCGAAUUGCUCCGCAACCAUAACGCCGAACUGCCUUCGUGAAUUGUACGGGAUUUAUGAUACCAGAGCCGAACCCGACCCCCGCAACAGAUUGGGAGUUUCCGGAUUCCUAGAUCAGUACGCACGCUAUGACGACUUUGAAAAUUUCAUGAGGUCGUAUGCACCCAAUAGGACAGACGUCAACUUCACCGUGGUCUCGAUAAAUGACGGUCUCAAUCUGCAGGACUCGUCCCUGAGCAGUAUCGAAGCCAGCCUAGACGUCCAAUAUGCCUACUCUUUGGCGUAUAAAGCGCUUGGAACCUACUAUACAACGGGAGGCCGAGGACCGGUUGUGCCUGAGGAUGGUCAGGAUACGAACGUGUCGACCAAUGAGCCUUACUUGGAUCAACUUCAUUACCUUCUUGAUCUUUCAGAUGAAAAACUUCCCGCCGUUCUUUCAACCUCGUAUGGCGAAGAUGAGCAAAGCGUCCCUGAAUCAUACUCAAACGCAACUUGCAAUCUGUUCGCACAGCUUGGCGCACGCGGCGUGUCGAUCAUCUUCAGCAGCGGUGACUCAGGCGUUGGUUCAACAUGCAUAACAAACGAUGGAACCAACAGAACCCGAUUCUUGCCUGUCUUCCCAGCGUCCUGUCCAUUUGUUACUGCUGUUGGCGGUACCUACGAUGUCCAACCCGAGAAAGCAAUCAGCUUCUCUAGCGGAGGCUUCUCGGAUCGCUUCCCACGUCCCUCGUAUCAGGAUUCAAGCGUUCAAGGCUACCUAGAGCAACUUGGAAGCAGAUGGAACGGGUUAUACAACCCGAGCGGGAGAGGUUUCCCUGACGUCGCCGCUCAGGCCACUAACUUUGUCGUCAUUGAUCACGGGCAAACGUUGAGAGUAGGCGGCACAAGUGCAUCUGCGCCUGUAUUUGCAGCCAUCGUCUCGCGAUUAAAUGCUGCUCGACUUGAGGAUGGUCUGCCAAAACUGGGGUUCUUAAAUCCAUGGCUCUAUUCCCUCAACCAGACAGGAUUCACAGACAUUGUUGAUGGUGGCUCAUCGGGAUGCUAUAUUGGCACCAGCAACGAGCAACUGGUUCCCAAUGCAAGCUGGAACGCAACGCCAGGAUGGGAUCCUGUUACCGGGCUUGGGACGCCCUUUUAUAAUACUCUGGUGAAACUAGCCACGAGCGUUUCAAGUAUCACAUGA